ACUUAAUUUACUAUUUCUAGGUUCAAUAUUAUUGAAAAUUAAAAAAGUACCCUUUGAAAAACAAAAAAGUACCACCUUUUUGACUUCUCACUUUACAUACUUAACUUUAUGUUUCUAGGUUCAAUAUUAUAGAAAAUUCAAAAAAUACCUUUCGAAAAAAGAUAUCUGGGUUCCUCUAAAAACUGAUUUCAACAAACAUACAGACAGACGGACGUGGCUUAAUCGACUCAGCUAUCUAUAAGGAUCCAGAAUAUAUAUAUACUUUAUAAUAUGAUUAUGUUCAUAAUCAUAUUUCACGCAGUCAAACUCGGUUAUAACGAAUUCUCGGUUAUUACAAACUAUUUUUCAAGACCCACGAAUUCUCGGAUAAAAUGAAUUACUCCCACAUAUUCCUCAAAAGCCUAUUUUGGAUUAUGGCAGUCUUGUAGUAAAUAAUCGAUAUGUACAUUUUUUGCAAUCAUCACAUAUGACAAUAAGAACAGAGUUUGUAGAACUAGUUUUUUAAUGAGAAUAUUAUCUGAAAUGUAAUUAAUAAUAUAAACAAUAAUAAUAUAAACAAUAUCUGAAAAGUAUUAAUAACAUAAACAAAAUAAAGAAAUGGUGAAAAUUGUACGUAUAUUAUUGUAAAAAAAUAAAAAAGUGACGUAGCCAUAAAGAUAAACGAUAGUUUAAAAUCACGCAAAAAUGAACUGAAAUUAAAAAAAAAACUAUAACUUCAAUCUUUAUAAUUCUUAAUUUUUAAUUAAGUAUAGUGCAUUUCGUCAGAAACAAAAAUUUUUUAUACAACUUUAUUUAAAAAUUACAAGUAUGAUAUUUAAAAUUCGCUGAAACUGUAAUGUUGGGUCGAAUUAUAUCAAGACAAAUGUUAAAUUUAAAGCAACAUGCAACCAGAGUGUAAUGAACAGGAACCUAUUCAAGCUACAGCGGAAAGUACAACUCAAUUCAAAGAUGCUGAAUUAGAAAUACAUUCAGAUCACACACAAAACGGCAUUGCCUUAAUAUCGUCAUAUAGUGAUGAUAAUAUAAGUAAAAAUGAUAAAUCUGUUAAUACCGAUGAAAAUAUAAUUACUAUAACUACAGCGAGUAUAAAUGAUUAUGCCAAGAAUCCUAAACUGUAUACAGAACUAACCCAAAUAAAAACUCAUAAGACCCAUACAACUGCAUCAAAAAUUAUAAAUUUUUUUAGUAAAAAAGAAACACAACAGCCAAUAGAAAACUCUACUAGUUCAAAUAACAACAAUCAUUUGGCCAAUAUAAGAAGUCCAAAUUCUUUAGCAGGUCCAUGGAAGUUUUCUCAUUGCAUUUCCUUCCAAGAAAAUAUUGCCGAUGUGCAUCAUCGUAAGGGAAGACGUAUAAAUGGAUUACAGACCCCUUUACAUCCGCUACAGCUAUUUGGUUGGUUUGUACUGAUAUUAUUUGGUUUAGCUGCUUAUUGGAUAUUAAUACCUACGUUUAACACAGACAUACAGGGACCUCUUUAUGGCUUGAUAACUGGUCUAUAUAUCGUACAUAUAGUAUCCCAUCUAGUAGCCUUACUAAUAGAUCCUGCAGAUCGUGAACUACGCAGAGUUCAUCGUAACGAUCGUAUUGUUCCCGAAUUUGAUCGGUCCAAACACGCCCAUGUUAUAGAGAACGGUCGGUGCCAUUUGUGUAACAUACGCACCUCAUCGCACCGCACGAAACAUUGCUCAGUGUGCAAUAAAUGCGUGGGUAAAUUUGAUCAUCACUGCAAAUGGUUAAAUCAUUGUAUAGGUUCACGAAAUUAUGUCGCUUUUCUAAUGUGUGUCGUAAGUGCAGUUUGCGCUACUCUGGUAAUACUAUUAGCGGUUAUAGCUCAGAUUGUGUUAUAUUAUCUCCAACCAGAAUGGCUUAGUUAUUGGUAUCCCUCGCCACGGUUAUUUGAAGACCAUUCGGUAGACGGAAGUCAAUAUUUUAUAUUGAAUGGAACGUCCAAUGAAACAAAUACGUCACCUAAUUAUACGGAUACUGACUAUGAAGAAAUUUUAUUUACGGAAAACUCUACUUUACCCACAUUGAUGGAAAAUGUCACACUGCUAAUCAAGGAUAGCUUAAAUGACUCUUUAGCAAUUAAUACUUCCAGCACAAUAAACUCUCUGAAUGAUGAUGAUAUAACCAAAAACAUUACUAAGGAUUCCUCAUAUAUAUCACACAACAGUUCUUCAGUAUCUUUUGCCGGUAUUGCUGUUAGUCACACUAUAUUUCUCAUUUUAUUGGGAUGUUUGGGCUUGUUGGCAGCCAUCACAGCAGGUCUACUGUUACAUCUUUGUUUUUUUCAUAUUUACAUCUCGUUUUUGGGGUUGACUACCUAUGAGUAUAUUCGUAAUCAUCGCCAAGCCCAGGAAGCUAAAAAUAAGUUAGCAGCUACAGCCAAAAAUUCACAAAUCGAUUCUCAAUUAAAUCCACCUACAAAUAAUCAUCCGUCCAAAAGGACCUCAGAAUGUGGCCAAUUCUAUAUGUGUUCUAAACGACGUCAUCCUAAUGAUGCAGAUCUGACAUUAGGGCAACAAAACUCUUAUCAAUUAGAGUCCAAUCCGCAUAUAAAUUUUCAUUGCUGUGCAAACUCUAGAGAAUAUCAUCAGACUGCCUUAAAGACGUAUUACAUGUGUUCAUUGCUAGAAGAAUCUAAUAUCAAGACACCUUUGACCAUAGCUCACAUCUCAGGAGCUAAUACUGACUUAGACUCCACAUCUGAAGACAAUGCUGAUGCGUUUAACACAUUUCACUGCUGCACGUCUUUUAAGGCAGCUUCCACACAAAGAAGGUUAAGUGGUGCUACAACCAAAGCAAUGCUAGUGAAGAAUCUUGAGACUGCUACGGCAACCCUAAACAACCGUCGUUCUUUCCUUCAAUACACCGAACAAUGUACAUUUUGUUCUUUUCGCCUUCGAAGCCCCAUUUUUGCUAAAAGAGAAUCUAAAUCCAAAACGAAUAAAACAUCAACCCAAAAGUCUGAUCCUCAACAGAUGUCACGUACCUCCUCUGGGAAAUCGCAUUCAUCUGUACAAACAUCGGCUGCUCAAAAACGUUGUUGCAUGCAGACUAUUUCUAAGCAUCAGAGAUGGCGUAGAAAAUGGAACUGUUGCUCUGCAGUUCCUGAUAGUCCUGACGUACCGAAUGAUAUUAUAGCUGCUUUGGCUAACAAACAUCACCAAGAGCUGGCUGUAAAAAUGGCGCACAAAGAAGAACUUUCUAUGAAUUACGUAAAUCCAAAUGGCAAUAGUGCACACCAAAUUCCACACAACUCAUCGAGCACGGAGGAUAGUCUUAAGGUUACACAAGCGAACUUGCAUAACAAUAGAACGUGGCCAGUGUCUAGAUUUCGGCACUUUAUGCGUGUCAUAAAUCGUUACAGAAGACCGAGGUGUAGACUGCAGCACAACACAGAUCAGAGUCUCAAACAAAAUCAGGUUAGACCAAUUUAUUUACAAAAAGAAGAUAGCUGUUGCAAACACAAACACUCAUACGCAUCGAGUUCCUCUGCCACAACAAUUUCGCCAAAUAACUCACUCACUGAAAGCUCGAGAGAACCAAGCAGUUACUCAGAUAACAGUAGUGGCAUGACAACACCCUCUUCUCAAGGCACUGCCACAUUUAAAACGUCUGUAUUACCCACUUCGAUCAUACGAGAUGACACUUCAGUGACAUAUACUACUCCCAUUGGUAUAACAGUGCCUCCAGCAUUACCUCCUCCUACACGUAGACGUAUUCCGAGUACUGCAGAUUUAGAAGAAUUGGCGGAAACUUUAGCUUUUGUCUCUUCUCAACCGACCAAUAUCACAAAUUCCCCAUACAACCCCAUGCCACGAUUACCAACAGUCAACAAUAUCUAUCGACGACAACGACGUAAACACUUUUUGCGUACACGAUCACCGACUUUAUCGCCUAUCCAUGAAUCUGGCUUAUCAAAUCCUACUUCACCUCAGCCGUGUCGACAUAAUGUUACAUCAUGUACGCCAGCAACAAAUUUGGCUAAUAAUUUAUGUGCUAGUACUCUAAAUACUUCAGAAAUAGAACACAAGACAUCAUCCAAUAAUUCUUUGCACAGUGAUACGUCAACGACAUCGUCUAGUAGUAUAAAUUAAGAAUACACGUUUUUAUUUAAUAAUAAAAAACAUUUCCCUUAGUACGUAUUUAUGUAUAAAACUAUAUAAUUAGAUUGAGUAUUUUUUUAAUUUAGUAAAAAAUAAAUAUUUAAAGAAAUACAAUAAAAAAAUAAAAAAUAAAUGGGGAGCUUAUAGCAGUAAUUUCGUACGGCACAAUAUAAAAAUAUUGAGAAAAACUAUUUAAAACUAAAAAAAAAACAAACAAAUUAUAUGGAAUUUAUACAAGUAGUCCUUAUAUUUUUUCGCAAAAUAAAAUAAUAUAAUUAAAUUUUAUGAAAUAUAUUUUUGGUGGGUGUGGUAGUGCAUUAAGCUCAUUAAAUCCGUAUUUGAUAUCGAUUGGUUAUCAUGUUGAUGCGGCAAGCCCUUCAAAUAUUAUUUUUAUAAUUAUAAAAAAGUUAGAUAGUUUAUUACAACUUAAAACUAAAAUACAUUUCAAGUUUAUAAAUUAGUAAUUUGAACAAUGUUUUAUUAUAAAAACAGUUAUUGAGUAUAAACAAACAUAAAGAAUUAUUGAUAUAUGUAUAAGUUUCCUUCAUAAUCUAGACUACAACUUUAUCUUUAGAAACGGCGCAAAAACAAUUAUCUUCAAUAAAAAUUCAAGAAUGUUAUUAUGUAUGUUUCUAUGACAAAUUUUGUUUAAUAUUUUUUUGUCUUUUAUGAAGGCUAAUUUGUCUGAUUUACCAAAAAUUUAAUGAAAAUGAUUUAAAAAUUUAGUUGCUAGGCUUAUGACUUUUAUACAAUUUUCAAAUCGUUCCUAUCCAUAAAGUAAUUCGAAAAAAUAUAUAAGUUUCGAAACAAAAUUAAAAUUUUUUAAUUCAAAAUCAGUAAUUAUUGGUAUUACCAAGUGUAAAUAUUAGUACUCGAACUUGUAGAUUACCAGUGGUCCCAUACAACUAUGUUCAAUAUACUCGUAUCUAGACAAAAAGCUCCAAAGUAAGUUUUAUACCAGCCUUUUUAUUAUUUCAGAUCAUAAACCUCUAGAUACUAUUUUUAAAAGGAAUAUAAAUAAGAUAGGAUCUUAAAGAUUACAGAGACUAAUGUUAAAAAUGUUUCCAUAUAAUGUAGAGGUCAUACAUAGACCUGGUAAAAGUAUAGUUGCCGCAGAUUAUUUUUUCAGAAAUUAUAUUUAUACAGGCAAUAAGGAGCAUGAAAGAGGCGUAACUGAAAUGAUACAUACUGUGAAUGUAACGGAUGACAUUUUGGAAAAAAUAGGAAAGGCUACUCAGAAUGAUGAGAGACUAUGUUUAAUACGGAAAUAUUGUUUAGAAGGAUGACCAUUAAAGGCUAAAAUACCAGAAAAUAUUAAGGAAUAUUUCAAUAUUUCAACAAAAGAAAUGAUAUAACAUGCCUAGGAGUUUUUUUACAAAAGUUACAUGAAAGUCAUAUGGGAAAAGACAAGGAAAGGAGCUGCUGAAUUAUUUUAUUGGAUUAAUAUUAAUCAGGAUAUUGAGAAUUUCAUUUUGAAAUGUGGAAAGUGUCAGGAAAUUGGGACAUCUAUGGCUAAAGAGCCAUUAAAUCCUCAUGAAAUUCCAAAUUUACCUUUGGAGAAAAUUGUUUGUGAUAUAUUAGAAAAUUCCUGGAAAAAGUGGUUUGAAUUAAUAUAUUUAAAGUCAAAGACUUCAUCAUUAGGGAGGAAUUGGAGAAUAAAGUUAAAAAUUUAGAGAAGAAAAACAAAGAAAAGAAAUGAUUUUAAAAUUGGAGAUGAAAUAUUUUUUUAAAAUUGAUUCGUCGAAAAAGUUGAUACUUGGAAUGAUUAUUAAUUAUAAUAAUACUCCCAGAUCUUAUAUUGUAAAAAAUUUAAUUGAUGAAAGAAUUUAUAGAAGAAAUUCUUAUCAUAUUAAAAUUAAAAAAUAAUUAAGAUACUAAUACUGUCAAUUUACGCAGAAGUAAUAGAGUUAGCAAGCCAACAAAUUUUAAUAAACCUAUGUAAUUAAUUAACUAAAUUAUUAUAAUAUUAUAAAUUAUAAUAAUAUUGACAUUUUGAGUUAGAUUUUAAUUUUGGUGGUACAACUUUUUAUAUA